AUGUAUGAUCACUGUAUACAGACUAUUGUCUAUGUACAGUAUGAACCUCACUUGUACCUACAAAGCACCAUAUACAGUAGACAGAAGGUAGCAUGUCCAGCCUCACAGAACGACAGCAACCUACGCAGGCCAAAGCAUUGCCUCCGGCUGGGCACGCUGUCCUCGGGGGGAAGUCAGCCCAAUCAGCUGAUGGAGGUAACCGUGCCCAUCCUGGACCCAAGCUGCUGGGGCCAGUCGGUGACCGAAAGGAUGCUGUGCGCAGGAUACCCGAAGGGCGGCAAGGACACCUGCCAGGGAGACUCCGGAGGACCACUGUGCGUGAAGGAGAGCAGCAAGUUUGUCCAGGUUGGAGUAGUGUCCUUCGGUGACGGCUGCGCCAAGCCUGGCAGCCCCGGCGUUUACGCCCGCGUGACCGAGUUCCUCCCUUGGAUCAAGGCCAACACCGCCGACGCCGCCUUCUGCUAA